GCUUCCUUCUCUUGGCGGGCCACCGUGUCACGUGGAUGCUUACAUCUGCCCAAUUUCCCGUCCGUCCCGGGCCGACUCUCUUCCGAGUCCAGACUUUGAUUCCUAUUUCCUAAUUUUCCACUUGGGCGCUUUUUCCCACCCCGCUCACCUCGGAGAAACACAUUUUUCCCCUUCCGAGCAGUCCUUUGGAUCCACUCGGAGUCCAUUUCAGGUACUCCCGUCCUCCUCCCGUCGUCCCGUCCAGCGACCGGACAAAGGAGAAAGACAUCAUAAUGCAAGGUGCACGACUUGAAACGAACUCGCCAACCUCGUGAGAAUUUUCCCUUCUUUAAUAGAUCCAUCAACUUGGAGUCCUGGACCUGGAUUUCCGACUUCUUAUCCUACAUAGCCAACUACUUUUUCUCUAUCAACGUCUUCGUCACCAGGAACCAUCCCAGCAAUCCCGGUUCCAAAGUGUGGAACCCGUCCACGUCGUGCUCAGGCCCCCGUGACUCUCCCAGUGUCUGGCCCUUCCCCCGUUCUCUCCUCAUUUCCCGAUUCCAUCUCUUUUGCAAUCACUCUCCUCCUUCUCAUCUCCAUCCUCUUCUCGCCCUGACUCGAAUCACAUUGGGCUCCGUUUCGUUCCAUUCCCUUGGUCGCCCUCAAAUCGGAUCCGUGGACGAUGCUCGUCCGUCGUCCUUGAAUCUCUUCCCAUCCGACCUCUUUUAACCCACACUCGUUUCCCACCGUGCGCCGGUCGAACCUCCCCCUCCCUCGACCUCCGUCUCAACUUUUCUCAUGAUCUAGCGAUUUUGCUCACGACUUGACGCCGUUUGAGCCCGACACACUCUUUUUGUUCAUUUUAUUUCGGGUCCCUCCGUAUUUCCAUUGCCUCUUUGCGACUCUGCACAUUCACUUGCCCGCCCGUUGACCGGUCGCCUUUGUUGAUAUCGAUAUUUGUUUCUUGCCUCAUUCGCCAAUCCUACGUCUUCUCUCUCGCCCGUCAUGCUUCUCACUCCCGUCGACCCUGCCUCUUUCUCGCCCAUCGAUGGCUUCUCUCCUUCCCGCUCCCUCUUCAAGCGUUGCGUAUCAUGUGACUCCGUCCCAACCUGUCCGGCCUGCCCUGAUGGCCAGACUUGUACCAUGACCGUGCGGAAUUGUGACAGCUGCUCGACCACGAAAUGUGUGUCCACUUCAACCAAUACUGCACCCCCGGCCAAGAGUACCAAUGUUGGUGCUAUUGCGGGUGGUGUGGUCGGAGGUGUGAUCGCGCUGGCCUUGCUUCUCUUCCUCAUCUGGUGGUUCGUGAUUCGUAAGCGCCGCAAUGCAAAGGCCGAAGAGAAGGAUCAUAGUGCCUUCAAUGCCGCCCGGGACGGACGCCAGUCCACCCAGUCCAUCGCCUCUACCGUUCUGACCCGUGCCUCCAACGUCAUCCAAAUUGCCUACAUUCCAGGCGUCACCAAUCGUUCCCCACCAGAGACCCCCGCUACGCUGGUGCCUCCCGUGCCACCCCUUCCCGGUGCGCACCCCGAUCAGCACUUCUUCAUGCCAGGGGAUUUGCGGGAUUCCUCUUGGACCACGAUGACGGGUCACCAAAGCAUGUCCCCAACCCUGCGAAGCAGUGUUGCGACUACCGUCUACCGCAGUGACGCCAUCGUCAGCGCCACUCCGGCGCAACAGAUCCAGCGUUCUCGUGCCAACAUUGUGAGUGUCCAUAAUGGGCCUGGAGGUUCUGGCGCCAGUACUCCGACCCAAGGGGUUCCCGUGAUGAUCACGCCCAGGGACGCCCCCGCCGUCCCCGCUAUCACCUCGACCCAACUCGCCAAAGCCGGCGCCAUCUCACAGAGCGGCAGUUCUAUCGUGGCACGCCAAGUGAUGGCCAAACCCGUCAUGGUCCGUGGUGCAUCGGUGAAGAAAAAGGAUGGGCAGCCCCCGGCCAACAAGGAGGCCCAGGCAGACAAGAAGCCGGCCACCGCUGGAUCGGAUAGCAGCCGCCAAUUUGAUCACCAAACAUCCACAUUUGACGGCAACUCCUCUGAUGAAGAAGGCGACGAGACUCGACCAACUACCUCCUCCAACUCCACCAAGACCACGCCAGCCACUACGCCCGAAGAGACUGCCGAAGACUCUGGUCCUUUCCAAGAUCGUUUCACGACCUCGGAUGCAACUUCUUCGUCGGUAAAUCAGAAACGCAGCUCCCAUCAAACUGAUCGCACACCACCACCACGUGUACGGAGUCCCUUCUCCGACGAGAACGAGGUCAGAUGAGCAAUAGAUUGACCAACCACCUUGGUCAUACUGUGAUGUCAUGUCUUGUUUUUCAUUUUCGCUCGGUGGUUUUUGCAAAAACCCCGGUCGCAUAUCUGUUCAUUCCCCCUCAUUUCCCUCUCUCAUCUUGUCACCAUCUCUUCUUUCCAUUCUCUGUACGUAUGAAACUCCCUUGGGACUUGGUAUAUUUUAUAUUUGGGCGUCGAUUCGUGUGUUUCCCGAGUGCAACUUUUUAUGUACAGCGAGAAUCAGCACUCAUGGGAGGCGGAACAAUUUUUUUUUUUUUCCAAUCAACGAUUCAGUUACUGAUCAUUUUAUGAUUCUUGUCAUUUUUGACCUUGAGGGGUGAACCCAGUAAUCCAGAUGGAUAAUCCAGUAGGAUUUGUG